ACGUCUGUCGUUUCUACUUCGGUGAGGGCGCAAGCACAAGGACCCGACACUGGGUCUCUCGGGGAGCAGGAACUGGAAGAAGGGUCGCAGAUCUCUCCGCCUCCAUAGUGCCCCCAAGGUCCUCAGUUCUCGGGCCACCCCAUCCUCCGCAUCCCCCGCACGACCCAUCCCUUCUGAGCCCGCUGGGUCGUCGGUGCAGACGGAGCCUCCCCUCGGCCGGAGUAACCCGUCAGGCCCGGCCUCCGCCGGACGCGAGCAGCCACCCCCUCCCACGCCUCGUGCCUGCCCGGCUUCCCCCGCACUUCGCCCGAGGAACUGCUGCUCCACCAGUCGGGGAAGAAGGGCCCUCCAAACCCAUCUCUACCCACAGCCUGACAAGUGGGCGACACGCCCUGCGGAGCCUUUUCUGAUUGGCUCUCGGGAAGCUCCGUCAAGGCGGUACUUCCGGCGGAAGGGAAGGCGGGAGAUUCGAUCGCUGGCGUUUGCUGAGCCGCUGAGGCUGGGCAGCAGGCGUCCUUCCGUGGUUGCCCGGGCUUGUCCCGAUCCUUUGCCUCAGAUAAAUUUUUCAUUGCCUCCCAUUAUGCCAAGAAUGACCAGAUAUUGGAUGACUUUGAUUAACAAGAGAGAUUGCUGUCCUAAGGGACAAGAUAUAGACACAUGAAUAGAAGACGGAAAUUCCUUCUUGCCUCAGUGCUUGCUCUCCAAAAUUCGAGUUUUAUAUAUCCAUCAUGUCAAAGGUGCUUCUCUCGUAUAGUCCUUGACUCCAAAAGGUUUACUUGUCCCAAGUGUGGCUCUACUGGCAAAGCUGAAAGUGCCAGUUACAGAUACAGACUUUCCGUAAAAGUGGCAGAGUCCAGCAAAUUGUGUAUCAUUACUGUGUUUGGGAGCUGCUUAGACACAUUUUUUGGACUCACUGCCACUGGUUUGAAGAGGUACCUUGAGGAUUCUAGUGAAAUCCCAGAACCCCUGGACAGUGUCAGAAGGCAGAGCCUAUUGACCACAGCAGUGGAAAAUUGUUUUGUUGGACAAAGCUUUGUGUUUGGAGUGACGAAUUUUGAAGAUGUAUGUGAACAUGACUCAGCCACCAGUAACUUCUUGCAGCCAUGCUGUAAGCACAAAGGAGAAGUCAGAACACUAGUAGCUUCUCAGAUAGUUCUGCCUGACCCACAUGUUACAGGUUUUACUGUCAUCGCCUACUUAAAUCAGCUUUUUCACACUUCCAAUUUCAAGAAACCUCAUUGUGACUCUCAGGAGUAUAGUAGCAACUCACUCACUUCAGAUCACUUAGACAGUGAUCUUAGCAGCAUAGAUGGCUCUGUGAAAACAUCCUGUUUUCUGGAGUCCUAUAGCAGAGAUGAUCUUUUCAGAUUCUGGCAGCCAUCACUUGAACUGACUUCUACUGACUCACCAGUAACAGCUAAUAAUGACUUUUCAGCUUCAGAACAAAUUGUGGCCAGUGGUACUCCUAACCAAAACAGGCAGUACAUCUCCUUUUCUGAAGUCACUGGUUCCAAGAACUGCCAUGAUCCCCUACAGAGUUCCCGGAGCCUUGUUUCUUGUAUGGACAAGAAUAACACAACAGGAAAGUUGGGUGGAGAAUUUGGUGUACAAGCUAAUCAUCUGAGUCCAAUUUGCCCCAGUUUUCAUGAAGCUGGGCUGUCUGACUCUGAUUUAUUCCCUUCACAAAUGCAAGAACCCUUUGAAGAAGAUAAUGAAGAGUGCUACAGUGAAGCAGAAAUUAAAAAUGAAGAUUCCCAGUAUGACAUCCCAUGUUACCAGCAACGUGACAUAAAUACUACCACCAUCCUUCAAGAGAGAUCUGCAUUUACAUCGUCAUCACUCAGACAUGAGGAAAGAACAAAUACUUUCCAGAACUGUGACUCCUUGAUUUGGGAUGAUCUGCCCUUCUCUGAAAGCCUGAACAAGUUUCUGGCAGUUGUUGAAAGUGAGAUUGCUGUAACUGAGACAGACGCUAAGGCUAGAAAACAGGGUACAGAGAAUGACAUUGAUAAAUUCCACACAGAGCACAGCAGGUUAUCUGUGACUCCCAGGAGAAACACUGGAGCCUUGAAUACACUACCUUUCGGCUUAAGGUCAUCACAAGCAAUGGGGAAAGAAAACUCUAGUAAAGAGACUUUUCCCAACUGUGAGUCUAAUCCAAGUCCUCAAAUUAAAAAAGAAUCAAAACCCAACAAGACAGCAGAGGCCGUCUCUAUAGGCAGUAAUAGAAGCGGCAUCUCAGAGUAUUUUCUACCAGAUACUUGCCUGUCAGCUCUGUUUACAUCUUCAAAAGAUAUGGCAUCAUCAGUUACCCAAAAGAGGACUACUGGGGUCCUUCAACAAAGGGAUGGCAUUUCACUCAGGCCUAGUGCCUCAAAAAGUGACUGUUCUUAUCUUAGUACCAAAUACUUUAAUGGAUGUGGAGAGAAAUCACGUUCAGAAUCAAAAGGAAAAUUGGCAAGCUUGUGUUCUAAGAAAUACAGUGAUGUUUCUUAUCUUCACAAAUUAGAAAAUAAGCAGUAUUAUAGAUGGUCAGAGAACCAAGAUGACAAUUUUACAAUAUGCCGGAAACUUACAUAUCCUUUAGAGACUCUUUGCAAUAGUCCAAGAAAUACAAAUAUAGCAAAAGAAUUAGUUCACAGGCCCAUCAAUAAUAACUUAACACAAAGUUAUUCUGCUGAUCAUGAAGGUAGCUACAAUGCUUCUGCUGAUCUUUUUGAUGGUAUUGCUAAAAAUAAAGACGCUGGUACAGAAAUUACCAAAAUUUCACAGGAUGUUUUGUUGCCGUGGGAAGCAUCUUGCACAGAAAAUCAUCCUAUAGAUGAAAACUGCAGCCGUCCUUCACAAAAACUACCCUUGCAAAGCAUAUCAGUGUCAAUGUAUCCAAGAGCAAGUUCUCAGUCAGAUUCAGAAUGUGAUUUUGAAGAAAGCCAAGACUUUGUUCCAUGUUCACAGUCAACUCCAGUUGCAGGCUUCCACCAAAGAAUUCAUGGUUUACGUGGACUAUUACCUUCUGUAUAUUCAAAUCUUAAUGCUAACUAUAAUAAAACAAAAAUUUCUCCUGAAAAUGGGAAGCAUCAAGCCACUUUAUCCUAUCCAAAGAAUGUAAAAACACCUAGCCAGAAAUCCAAAAGUCCUGUUAUAUCUAGUUUGACACAACCAGAGAUUUUCAACCACUGCCCUACUGCUGAGUGCCUUGAAAGUGAUAUGGAUGAAUGGAUCCCCCCUACCACCAGAAAAGGAUUUCUUUCAGAUAUUCUUGGAUUCAAAGUCAUGUGUUUAAGGAAACGCCUUGCUGGUCAUUAUUCCCCUGACCAAAAAGAGUUACCAAGAAAGAAACUGAUGAAAGUCGAACAAAAAACCAACAUGCUUAAUUAAAAGUUAAGGAGUAUGUUUACAUAAAAGGUUGCAAAAACAGAAGUGUCCUAAGAUAACUAUAAAUGAUCAAGCUGAAAAUAGGAAAAGUCCAUUUUUGGGUGUUUUUUUAGAGGUCAAAUGUGGCCUUCCAUUUUUAGAAUACUGCCACUUCUAGUGUUUGAAACAAAAGCGCUUGGACUUAACAGAAAAUCAUUACUAGAGAAUGGACUGUACUGAGUGCUGUUGGAUCUUUCAGGGUUUCUCCAGGACUCUUUUCCAGAAUACGAUGAUUUAGGUAACUGAGCACUUUAUCUUGCAUUUGACUGUACUAAUCUGUUGAUUUUUGUAUUUAAAAGUAUUUGUUAAAAUAUAGACAUCCAAAAAAAAUAUAGACAUCCAGAAAUAAAGCCUUUACAAACCAAAAUAUCUUCAUUAAUUGUUAACUAAGAUAAGAGCAUAACUCCUGGGCUGAGGUUGUAAUACAAGGCUAGCUAAAAGGUCACUAGUCUCAAUACGUUUUAGUCUAUUGGAUAAGGCAGUGUCAAUACUAUACAGAAAGUGCAGUAGUGCAGAUGUGUUUCUUUUACAUGAAGGUUCAAAGCUGACCGAAUCUUUGGUACUUCAGUACCAAGAACAUCUUCAUUGUUUUUCACAUUUGAUUAAUAUUCUGAUCUUGGAAUUGUUGAAGGUGAGAAUGCUGCUUUGCAUUAAUGGGUAGUACAAAAUGACAGAAGUAUUUUUAGGAUCAUUUCAGAGACGGUUGAAAAUUUUAUACUAAUUCCAAGCUAA